GGAGAGGGGAGCGGCGAGCCGCAGCCUGGAGCCGGGAGGGCCGCGGCCACCGGAAGAGUCGCGGUCGCCAGCCCAGCCGGGAGAGUGGGCAGCGGAAGCGGCGGCAGCGGCGGGCGGCGCUGGGACCCGGAGGCGGCCGGAGAACAAGGGAGCUGGCGCCGCGUCCGGGCGCCGAGCCGGACUGAGUCGCUGGGCCGCGCAGCCGAGCGAGCGCCACCGUCACCGCCACCUCCACCGCCGUCAGCCGGCGUCCGAGAGGCCCGGCCCGGCCGCCCGAGCAGGCCGCGCGAGGGCCGCCGGGCCCGAGGCCGGAGCCAUGGGCGAAACCAAGAUCAUCUACCACCUGGACGGGCAGGAGACGCCGUACCUGGUGAAGCUGCCCCUGCCCGCCGAGCGCGUCACCCUGGCGGACUUUAAGGGUGUGCUGCAGCGACCCAGCUACAAGUUCUUCUUCAAGUCUAUGGACGACGACUUCGGAGUGGUGAAGGAGGAGAUCUCUGACGACAAUGCCAAGCUACCCUGCUUCAAUGGCCGCGUGGUGUCCUGGCUGGUGUCAGCAGAAGGCUCGCAUCCAGAGCCGGCCCCCUUCUGCGCUGACAACCCCUCAGAACUGCCACCACCUAUGGAACGCACGGGGGGCAUUGGGGACUCACGACCCCCAUCCUUUCACCCUCAUGCCAGCGGGGGCAGCCAGGAGAACCUGGACAAUGACACAGAGACGGACUCCUUGGUGUCCACCCAGCGGGAGCGGCCACGACGGAGGGACGCCCCAGAGCAUGCAACCCGGUUAAAUGGAACCACAAAGGCGGAGCGGCGGCGAGAGCCUGGAGGCUACGACAGCUCCUCCACCCUCAUGAGCAGUGAGCUGGAGACCACCAGCUUCUUUGACUCCGACGAGGACGAUUCCACCAGCAGGUUCAGCAGCUCCACAGAGCAGAGCAGCGCCUCGCGCCUGAUGAGACGGCACAAGCGGCGGCGGCGGAAGCAGAAGGUGUCACGGAUAGAGCGGUCCUCGUCCUUCAGCAGCAUCACGGACUCCACUAUGUCGCUCAACAUCAUCACUGUCACUCUCAACAUGGAAAAGUAUAACUUCUUGGGCAUCUCCAUCGUGGGCCAGAGCAACGAGCGUGGCGACGGAGGGAUCUACAUCGGCUCAAUCAUGAAGGGCGGGGCUGUGGCUGCAGAUGGGCGCAUCGAGCCUGGGGACAUGCUCUUGCAGGUAAACGAGAUCAACUUUGAGAACAUGAGUAAUGACGAUGCCGUCCGGGUCCUGCGGGAGAUUGUGCACAAACCGGGGCCCAUCACCCUGACCGUAGCCAAGUGCUGGGACCCAAGUCCACGUGGCUGCUUCACGUUGCCUAGGAGCGAGCCCAUCCGGCCCAUUGACCCCGCGGCCUGGGUCUCCCACACUGCAGCCAUGACGGGCACCUUCCCUGCCUACGGCAUGAGCCCCUCCCUGAGCACCAUCACCUCCACCAGCUCCUCCAUCACCAGCUCCAUCCCUGACACAGAGCGCCUAGACGACUUCCACCUAUCCAUCCACAGUGACAUGGCCGCCAUUGUGAAAGCCAUGGCCUCCCCUGAAUCGGGGUUGGAGGUCCGAGACCGCAUGUGGCUCAAGAUUACCAUUCCCAACGCUUUCAUCGGCUCGGACGUGGUGGACUGGCUCUACCACAACGUAGAAGGCUUCACCGACCGGCGGGAGGCCCGCAAGUAUGCCAGCAACCUGCUGAAAGCCGGCUUCAUCCGCCACACUGUCAACAAGAUCACCUUCUCUGAGCAGUGCUACUACAUCUUUGGUGACCUCUGUGGCAACAUGGCCAACCUGUCCCUGCACGACCACGACGGCUCCAGUGGUGCUUCUGACCAGGACACGUUGGCCCCUCUGCCUCACCCGGGGGCCGCUCCUUGGCCCAUGGCUUUCCCUUACCAAUACCCACCGCCCCCGCACCCCUACAACCCGCACCCUGGCUUCCCGGAGCUGGGCUACAGCUACGGCGGGGGCAGUGCCAGCAGUCAGCACAGUGAAGGCAGUCGGAGCAGCGGCUCCAACCGCAGCGGCAGCGACCGGCGCAAGGAAAAGGACCCGAAGGCGGGAGACUCAAAGUCGGGUGGCAGCGGCAGCGAGUCUGACCACACUACUCGCAGCAGCCUUCGGGGGCCUCGGGAGCGCGCCCCCAGCGAGCGCUCGGGCCCGGCCGCCAGUGAGCACAGCCACCGCAGCCAGCACUCGCUGGCCGGCAGCCUGCGCAGCCACCACACGCACCCCAGCUACGGCCCGCCCGGCGUGCCCCCACUCUACGGCCCCCCAGUGCUGAUGAUGCCACCGCCGCCCGCGGCCAUGGGGCCCCCGGGAGCCCCGCCGGGCCGUGACCUGGCUUCCGUGCCCCCGGAACUGACCGCCAGCAGACAGUCCUUCCGCAUGGCCAUGGGAAACCCCACCAAGAAUUUCGGGCUGUUUGACUUUCUGUGAGUCCCCAGCAAUGGGAGGCUCAGCCUCCGGAGACCAAGAACCCUGCUUCAGCAGUCCUCGGGGCUUCCCAAGGAUGUGCAGCCCCACACCCACACCCAUACCCACACCUCAGCGUCACUAAGUUGGGGGGCGGGAGCUCCAGCUUCACCCAGGCACAAGAGACCGUGUUUCUUCCCAGAAAAAAAUCACUCAUACACACACGUGUGCACACAUGCACACGCAUGUGCCUAUGCAAGUUCACUUAAGCCUCAGGGCUGGUCCCUGCUGAGGGCUGGGCCCUCUCCAGACAAUGGGGCUGGUCCCCCUACUACCCUGGCCCUUUCUUUAGAGCCCUUGCGCCUCCCCCACCUGGUUAAGCCCGGGAGCUGGAUCUCAGGCUGCUCAGCAGAGAACGCAGCAGGCAGCUGCAGGUCUUUCUCACCCUGCCCAGAGGAAGGACAGGAGCCACGGGCCAGUUGCAGUCAGGCAAAAGGACUUCUGGGAUUUCCCGAAUUCUAGUCUGUUUUUUGUUUUUUGUUUUUGUUUUUUCUUUUUUAACUUCAUUCUCCACUUUAAACAAAUCAUGAUAUUCUCUCUAAGCCUCCACUCUAAACACCCGUAUUUUCAGGGUUAAGAUACUGAGAGUAACAUGAAGUCCUUAGCCCAGGUUUUGGGGCAAACUGAAGUAGGAGCGUUUCAGCAUUCAUUCAUUCAACAAAUAUUUCCUGAGGUUUUAGUGAACAAGGGGCUGUGUUGGAAGCAUGACUCAGUCCUGCCUGCCAGCCCAGGCCAUGGUUUCUUCCAGCCUCCACUCCUGGGCCACCUCCUGUACUUUUCUGACUCUGCCUUGUCUGAUCUUGAGAAUUCCUCCACUGCAUUCACACCUUGGGGGUUUGUAUUUCCGUUGUUGCAUCUUUGAUCCACUUCUCUUUCCUCUCUGCUCCUAAAAAAUUGUCACCCAUCCUGAUGUCCUCAAUUACUGCUGAUAAGCUGCUGAUUGCCAUAUACAGCUCCAGUCCCAACAUCCUCCAGUCUUUACAUCUGGACUUGUAUUACUCACUGGUGUGGACACCACUCGGGCCCCUGACCAGCAUUCCUCCUGAAUCCCUGUCCUGGUGACCUUCAACACAAUCUAUGUAGGCUCACCAGCUAGAGACACUUAGGACUUAAAUCCUUUGUUUCUAUAUCUUACUGGCAUAUUUUAUCCUUUCCACUCCAAGAGCCUUUCUUAAAUUUGGCCCUUCUAUCCUCUUUGCCUUUAAUGUGCCAGAGCAUGAGAUCUGGGGUCAGGUUGGUCUGGGUUUGAAUUCCAGCUGUACUACUUUUUGUUUGCGUGAUAGGAGAGUUAUUUAACCUCUCUGAGCCUCAGUCCUCUUGUAUGUAAAAUGAUGAUAAUAAUACCUACCUCACAGGGUUGUUGUGAGGAUUUAAAUUAGAUAUUGUACGAAAAGUGCCUAGCACAGUGCCUGGCACAAUAGAGUAGGUGCUCAAUAAAUGGUAGCCAUUAUUACUA